GUUGUCAGUCAGCUGUGUAUUACGUUCUGUGGACUGAUUAUUGUGUUGAGUGACAGGAGACGGAGAGAGCCGGGGGCGGUGACGAGUUCAGUUUCCGACGAGAAAAGCCCUGGGUGGAGGCAGUCGCGUCGAGCGCCCGUCGCGUCACCACGCCGCCGUCGCUGCCGCUAGCCACCCACGCAAAUCAAUAUCACAGUUCCGCACAUGCACGCUUAAUAGACACACGUAAACAUUUUUUUGACGUUCAAAAAGUUUUGUGAUGCGGUUGUUCGAUACCAACUUUUUGCGAUCACAGAUACAUCGCGCCGCAAAAAAAAUUCAAACCGUAACCAACACCCUAUGACAGUUCCGCGUCGCGAUGUAAACAAUAUCCGAUGCAUGAAAAUAAACUAGCGAUAAGCAUCGAACAGCUGAUCCGUCUCAACAGCUGAUCGUGUUGAACAGAACUGCUUCAAAUGAGCUUUCAAUUAAAACAUUUUAUAAAUAGACAAAUACGGUUAAAUUUGUGAUUUUUAUUACUACAAUAAAUUUAGUGAUCUAAGAAAACACAAAUAUGUAAAGAAAAGUCUGAGAACGUGACGGACGAGAGAGUUUUAUUGUCAUUGGAGUGUUUUGGCGGCGCGCGCGCAUGUAGCCGACGUCGUCGAUAGACCGUGUGGAAUAUGUACGCUAUUUGAGAGUAUAAACGUGCAGGUUUACGAAGGCCGCGACUUGCGUUGACGCAGCGUCUCCCAAGAAGUUGGCAAGGAGCGCGCGCGCACCGUCGUCGUGUGGCACGCGACGUGGUACCGCGGCGCGCGUAAACGAGCGUACAGCACCGACGGCGAAUCUUGGCCGGCCUGAAGUCAGCCAUCAGGCUGCGCACUGGAUUUUUUUGGAAUAAAAUACACUACUGCGCAGCCAACAACAAACUUCAGGCCGACCAAAACUCGUCGGCCGCGCUGUAAGCUGCCGGCUUUGGUCAGUACAACCUUGCGCGCCCUAAGGACAUGUUCGUGUUAUGGAUUACCAAUGCAUCGUCGUGUAUACCGUCAUCAACAUCGCGCCGCCCAGGCUCACGGCGCAAGCACCUGAACUCUCCAAUGGCUGUAUCACCUGGUUCAAAAAUAAAGUCAAGAGGGCGGUAGCAGUGUACCUACAGUCAUUAAAAUUAACAUCCACCAGUGGAGUGCUUCAAGGCAACUUAGCUUGCACAUACUACAAACAGGGAUUCAUUGACCUAGCUAUAGAGACAUACCGACGGGCCAUAGAACUUCAGCCUGACUUUCCAGACGCCUACUGCAAUCUAGCUAAUGCACUUAAGGAAAAGGGACUCGUAUCAGAAGCUGAGGAAUGCUAUAACAUGGCGUUACAUUUAUGUCCCUCGCAUGUUGAUACUCUCAACAACCUCGGUAACGUUAAAAGAGAACAAGGCAAUAUUGAAGAAGCAACAAAAUUGUACAAGAGAGCUUUAGAAGUGUUUCCAAAUUUCGCGGCAACGCAUAGCAACUACGCUUCACUUUUGCAGCAGCAAGGCAAACUUCGCAAGGCGCUGAUACAUUACAGGCAAGCUAUAAAUAUUCAACCAAAGUUCGCUGAUGCCUUUAGUAAUAUGGGAAAUACGCUAAGAGAGUUGCAAGAUGUUACCGGAGCAAUGUUGUGUUUUAGAAAAGCGAUAGAAAUAAACCCAUAUUUCGCUGAUGCCCACUGUAAUUUAGCCAGCAUAUAUAAAGAUAUGGGAAACAUCGUCGAAGCUAUUGAAUCGUAUAAAAUUGCUUUAGAAUUGAAACCAGAUUUUCCUGAUGCUUAUUGCAAUUUAGUGCACUGUUUGCAAAUAAUAUGUGAUUGGAAUUAUUAUGAUGAGAGAAUGAAUAAAAUAAUUGCGAUUGUAGAAGACCAAUUGAAGAGUGACAAAUUAACUUCUGUACAUCCACAUCAUUCCAUACUAUACCCAGUGUCCAAUACCGCGAGGAGAGAAAUUGCCAAAAGACAUGCUAAUUUAUAUAUCGAAAAGAUAAAUAUGUUUCAUAGAGUUAUAUUUGAACAUUCAAAGAUUUUAACAAAACGAUUGCGUAUUGGUUACGUUAGUAGUGACUUUGGUAAUCAUCCAACGUCACAUCUAAUGCAGUCUAUUCCAGGUUUACACGAUAGGACCAAAGUAGAAAUAUUUUGCUACGCUCUAAAUCCAAAUGACGGCACCACAUUCCGCAGUAAGAUAGUGAAUGAAAGUGAACAUUUUAUUGAUUUAUCAAAAGUGACUAACAAUUUUGAAGCUGCAGAAAUCAUAAACAGGGACGAAAUUAAUAUAUUAGUUAAUAUGAAUGGUUAUACGAAAGGCGCUAGAAAUGAAAUAUUUGCGUUGAAACCUGCAGCAAUCCAAGUUAUGUGGCUUGGAUACCCAGGGACCAGUGGAGCAGAUUACAUGGAUUAUCUCAUAACUGAUGUAACAUCUUCUCCGCUUUCGACGUCAUCAGAUUUCACGGAAAAGUUUGCUUACAUGACCCAUACCUACUUCAUUGGAGAUCAUAAACAAAUGUUUCCGCAUUUGAAAAAACAAUAUAAAGUUAAUUCAAACUCUGCAAGUAGUAAUAUUUGUACGGCAUUUAUUAAUUGUGCUGAAAACAUUGAAAUUGGAAAAUCGCUUGAUGUCGAUGAAAGAAAAGAAUUUAUUGAAUUUGGAUUAUAUCCACCGAUAGAAGUUUUCAUAAGAAAUAUAAACAUUCCAAAUCAUUUAGUUGAUUCGUUAUGGAAUCCGAAAUGUGUGGAGGUUCUUGUAAAUGAUGUGACCAUUGACAAUGGUAUAUCUAUAAAUGAAGAGAACAAAAAAGUUGCAACGGGUGAAGUGAAACUAAAUUCCAUAAUAUAUACUUCAAGAAAGCAAUACGCACUUCCAGAAAAUGCAAUAAUUUAUUGUAAUUUCAAUCAAUUAUAUAAAAUUGACCCAUCAGUCAUGGAUAUCUGGUUGAAUAUUUUGAAACUGGUACCAAACAGUAUUUUGUGGCUGUUAAAUUUCCCUGCUGCGGGAAAACCGCACAUACACAAAUACGCACAGGAAUCAGGUGUUCCACCUCAUCGUAUAUUAUUUUCAAACAUCGCGUGCAAGGAAGAACACGUGCGCAGAGCUCAGCUAGCAGACGUUUGUUUGGACACCCCUCUUUGUAAUGGUCAUACUACUGCGAUGGACGUGCUAUGGGCUGGAACACCAGUUGUCACGCUACCUGGAGAUACACUUGCAUCAAGAGUUGCUGCAUCCCAACUUAAAACAUUGGAAUGUGCUGAGCUUGUAGCAAAAGAUAAGCAGGAUUACCAGGACAUAGCUGUUAAGCUUGGAAUCAAUGCAAAAUACCUUAGAUAUAUCAAAGCGAAAGUAUCAAAAGCGCGUUUAGAUAGCACGCUGUUUGACUGUGAACAUUACGCUCGAGGCUUAGAAGACCUUUACAACAAAAUGUGGAGACGCUACGAGAGUGGUGAAAAAAGUGAUCACAUAAAAGUAUCAUAAAAAUAAAGAAACAAAUUGGUUAAAAUACUACAUAUAGCUGCCAGACCGAUGUAACCUGAUAUAGCAAGAGUUUUUAUAUGGUUCGAGUAUAUUUGUAGCUUUCCGUCCAGAGGCUGUCCAUAAUGAAAAACGUAGCAUUUUUUCAAAAAAAAAACUAUUUAUUCACUUAAUGAACUAUUAAAUCGUUAUGUAGGUAAUCUGAAAGUGCUAGAUGGUUUACAGGUUAUAAUGUAAAUGUUACGAAAAAUAUGUUUGUUGUUGAUUAGUAAUCUCGACAUUAUAUUCGAUUCAUAAUUAGAUUUAAAAAAAUAUGCUCUUGUUUUACUAGAUCGAUUACUUCUUUUUUACUAUUAAGAAAUCGGUCAGUUAAAGCUGAAUAUGAAAAAAAAGUUUGAAUGUUCUUUAAUCAUUGUCAUUAUUAUUAUAAUAAAGUUAGUGUAAGAUAUUUUAAAAAAAUAUACGAAUUGUUGUAUGUCUAUUUCAUGUCAAAUUUUAAAGUUUUAAUAGAUUAUAAUUAAAAUUGCACAAAAAAUAAGUUCACAAUUAUAACUAUUAACGUCAAUAAUGCGUUGACAUUUAAACCUAACGUUUUGUAAGAACUUUGUAAUAAAUAAAUGAAACCAUUUGUUUUAUAUUUUACUGACUGAAACUCGCAUGAAAACUUUUUAAUGAGACCCUUUCUGAGUAAAUGUAAUAGUAAGGCCGUGGUCACACUGGUACGGCGACUGCGACGCGACGUGACGCUAUGUGCAAGCAGAAACAAACGUCUGUAGUGUGGCUACCGACAUUUGUUUAUAUCGCAGUCAUCUGGUAUACUGCU